GUUAGCCACUGAUUUGUACGACUUGUCUCAUCCACUAUAGUCCGUCUGGACCCAAGAUUCCACAUGGAUUAUUAGGACUUUUGAGUAGAUUCUGUCGUUUUAAGUGAAUUUCUACGGUUACGGUAGUCCGUGUUUGUAUUUUUAUACGUGCACCAAAAUUAAGCCACAAUGGUGCUGUCUUGUCGAUUUUACAAGGAGAAAUAUCCAGAAGUCGAAGAUGUUGUCAUGGUCAAUGUGCGUAGCAUAGCUGAAAUGGGUGCUUAUGUACACCUACUGGAGUAUAACAAUAUCGAGGGCAUGAUUCUUCUCUCAGAAUUGUCCAGGCGACGUAUUCGUUCCAUUAACAAACUUAUCAGAGUUGGUAAAACGGAACCUGUCGUUGUCAUUCGAGUUGACAAAGAUAAAGGAUAUAUUGAUCUGAGUAAAAGACGAGUAUCAGCAGAAGACGUAGAAAAAUGUACAGAGCGAUUUGCAAAAGCUAAAGCAGUAAAUUCUAUUCUACGACAUGUUGCCGAACUGCUACAUUAUGAUAGUGACGAACAGUUGGAAGAAUUAUAUCAAAAAACAGCUUGGUACUUUGAAGAAAAAUAUAAAAAGCAAAAGGCCUCAGCUUAUGAUUUCUUCAAACAAUCGGUAUUAGAUCCUUCUAUUUUGGCUGAGUGUGGCUUGGAUGACCAUACUAAAGAAGUAUUGUUGAACAAUAUUAAACGCAAACUCACAUCCCAAGCUGUUAAAAUACGUGCUGAUGUUGAGGUUGCUUGCUACGGCUAUGAGGGUAUUGAUGCUGUCAAAACUGCUCUAAAAGCGGGUCUAGCUUUAUCAACAGAAGAGCUGCCAAUUAAAAUUAAUCUGAUUGCCCCUCCACUGUAUGUCAUGACAACUUCUACGCCUGAAAAACAAGAUGGUUUGAAAGCACUGAAUGACGCAAUCGAAGUUAUUAAGGAAAAAAUUACAUCGCUUGGAGGUGUAUUUGACAUUCAAAUGGCUCCCAAAGUUGUGACGGCAACAGAUGAAGCUGAACUGGCAAGACAGAUGGAACGUGCUGAACUGGAGAAUGCAGAGGUAGCAGGUGACGAUGAUGAGGAAGAAGUUGAAGGAAUGGGUGACUUCAGUGGUGGAGAAGGCGAAGAUGGAGAAAAGGAAGGCGAGUCUCAGGAGGAUGACUAAUAAAUAAAAUGAUGGAUGGGUUUUCAAUCUACGCAUUUAAGAGAUUGUUGCUCGUAUUUUCUCCUGGAACCUGCAAUGAAUUGUACAGACUCAGGAAGUACAGAACAUCUUCAAUUGACAUAAUUUUACAAAUACAGUCAGAAAUACUACAAA